AUGUCUGCAUCCAUUCUACUCAUAAACGGCCCAAACCUAAACCUUCUAGGGACGCGAGAGCCCACCAUCUACGGCUCAGCAACCCUCAACGAUAUUGUUCAAGACGCCAAAUCUCAAGCGCAUGCCCUGGGUGCAACACUUGAAGCCUUUCAAUCCAACAGUGAGGGCUCUAUUAUUGAUUGUAUCCACGCUGCGCGCGGUUCGGCAGAUUUCAUCGUCAUCAACCCCGGCGCCUACACCCACACGAGUGUUGCGAUACGGGACGCCUUGUCUGCCGUCGAGAUCCCUUUUAUCGAAGUUCACAUAUCGAAUAUACAUGCUAGAGACGCCUUCCGCGCGAAAAGCUUCUUCAGCGAUAAAGCAGUUGCGGUGAUUUGCGGGCUGGGUGUCGCUGGAUAUACUGCUGCGAUGGAAUUUGCUAUCAAGUCCACAGCCAACAAGCUAACAUCAAAAGCUUAA